AUGUCUCUCUUCGGCAAGCCAUUGGGCGGUGCUACCGGCGGAAGCUCCCUCUUUGGCUCCCAGCAGCCUGCUUCCACAGGCUCGGGCCAGAUGGGCGGCCUCUUUGGCUCCACGGCCGCGGCGCCGAAGCCGGGAGGGCUGUUCGGCACUGGCGCUGCUGCAACGACGACGACGACGACGACGACGCAGGCUCCAGCCGGCGGUAGCUUGUUCGGGGGCGCCUCAACGACAACCCAGCAACCCCAAGCGACUGGAGGUGGACUCUUUGGAACUGCCGCCGCAGCCACACAACCUAAGCCCGGUGGCCUGUUCGGCGCCUCGACGACAGCGACUUCGCAGCCCCAGGGCGGAGGUCUGUUCGGCACAUCAGCCGCUCCCGCACAACCUCAGAAGCCCCCCCUCUUUGGCGCGACGCAGACCGCCACUACGACCUCAGCACCUUUCGGCGCGAGCAUCCUGUCGAAUAACAACCCGGCCGCAAGUACCAAUGGCCUGCCGUCUCAACCCAGCGGCGCGUAUUUCGACAGCCUCCUCGCGAAGAGCAAGAAGCAAGCCGAGGGAGAGUCGAGCGAGCAGCUUCCGAGCCUGCAACUGGGUCUGGGUGAUCUGCGACAGAAAUUGAGGAAGCUCGGCCCUCAGGCUCAGACAAGGGCUGUAGAUGGCAAGGCGCACUACCUUCUCGCCGCGUCGGGUGUCGAUCCAGGUGCGGCUGUCCGUGACCUUGGUGCUUUCGGCAUCCACGCCGGUCGGGACCGCUCCCAGGCCGUUGCCAGCGGCGAGCUCGACGUGGAGACAUAUCUCUCGAACCUGCAGACGAAGACCACGCUUGGCAUGAUUGCCGACGGGCUGGAGAGGUCGGUUCGCGACUUUGACAGCUUUCUGGAGGACAACGUCACCAUGGAGUGGGAAGCGCAGCGGAAGCGCAUCUACCAGCACUUUGGCAUCAAGCCGAGGGAAGACGUCGGCGGAGCGGCCACGACACCUAGCAAGGAUGGAGCCGGUGGCUUUGGCCGGUCGCGAAGGAGCCGGAACCCCUCUACUACCCCUGCGCCGCGAUCUACCCAGCGAGGCAGCACUUUCGGCCGAUCGAACCUCCAAAAGUCUAUCAUCGGCACCCCCAGCAAGAUUGGCGCGCACCCGCCGGAGUUCUCUGACGUGGAGUUCGGAGCUGAUAACGCCGGCUCGAUGAACGGCCUGGCGUCGAUGGAUGACCGAUUCCUCCGCGAGAAGCAGGCGAAGCUGGCAGACAAGAUCCGCAGCCUCAACGACAGCAGAGUGCUUCACCAGCCGUACCCCAUCCUCUACGAGCUCGCGGGCGUCGAGGCCAAGUCUGGCGACCGGCAUGCCCAGAACAUUGUCGACGCCUUCAAGGCCGUGAUGGAGAUGGUUGGUGAAGAUCCCGACGCGGACCCUACGGUGCGCGGGGCGACAGCCAGGGAGCGGCAGUUUGCCAAGACAUACCUGGAUCCCAACCCCAACUCACAGAAUGCCAGUGCUAUGCGCAAGCGUAUCUUGACGGGUGCCAACCGGCAUCUUGAGAGGCAGUUCUGGUCAGAGGUCGAGGCCUCGAUCGCUAAGAACCCUCAGGAGGCGGCACUCGGCGGACGUCCCGACGUCAUCAGCAAGAUCAAGGCUUUUGUCCGGCUACGCGCUGCGCACAAGAACCUUGUUCCCGACAACACUUUUGUUCAAGAGAUCAACGGCGAGCCGGUGUGGGCCGUGGUCUUCUAUCUCCUCCGCACUGGCCAUGUGAACGAGGCCGCCAAGUUUGUCAACGACAACCAGAACCAUUUCCGCAGCAUUGACAGGACCUUUGCGAGCUACAUCAACAGUUAUGCCACGAGCGAGGACCGCAGGCUUAAGAGGCAAAUGCAGGAGCGGUGCAACAACGAAUACAACCAGAGGGUGCGCAAUGCGCCGGAGGGCUCCAUCGACCCGUUCAGGAUGGCCUGCUACAAGAUCAUUGGCCGUUGCGAGGUCAGCAACCGCAGCCUCGACGGCUUGCACCAAGACGUCAACGACUGGAUCUGGCUCCAGUUCAACCUGGCUCGGGAAGGUGACCGGUCUGCCGAGCUGGCCAAUGAGAUGUACGGAUUGGCGGAGUUGCAGGGCAGCAUCAAGGAGAUUGGACUCAAGCACUUCCCAAAGAACAGCACCGAGGAUACUAACGGUAGCUUUGGCAUGUUCUUCUACUUGCAGAUCCUGUCAGGCUUGUUCGAGCAGGCCAUUGCCUACCUCUACUCGUUCUCAUACGUGGAUGCUGUCCACUUCGCUAUCGGUCUAGAGUACUAUGGUCUUCUGCGGGCCGCGGACGCUCUGACUGCCGGCAAUGAGCUGCUCAGUCACAAUACACGAGGCAUGCCCCAGAUCAACUUUGGCAGGAUGCUCGGCUACUACACGCGCGACUUCCGUGCCGCCAACGUGGCUGCUGCUGUUGACUAUCUCGUGCUGAUCUGCCUGAACAUGGACGACAUUAGCAACGAGUUGGACAAGCAGCAGGCGGCUCUCUGCCACGAGGCCCUGCGGGAACUCGUGCUCGAGACGCGCGAGUUCAGCAAGCUUAUCGGGGAUAUCAAGCCCGAUGGCCACCGCAUCAAGGGCCUCAUCGAGGAGCGCGGCCCCCUCAUCGCGCUCGAGCACGAGCAAGACUUUAUCAAGACCAUCUCGCUGCAGGCGGCCAGCUUCGCCGACGACAACGGCAGGACGACCGACGCGGUCCUGCUGUACCACCUGGCGGGCGACUACGAUACCGUCGUGGCCAUCGUCAGCCGGGCGCUCAGCGAGGCCAUCUCGCUGGAGAUCGGCGAGGACCCGAUGCGCCUGGUCCCCGUCAAGCCGCGCGUCGAGGGGGCCGAGGCCGAGGCGCAGCCGGGCAGCAGCCUGAGCCUGGCGUCGCUCGACGACCCCGUGGAGCUGGCGCGGACGAUGAUGACCAUGUACGAGCGGGACCAGAUGUUCAGGCAGAGGAUCCGGGAGCCGAACCGGGUGGCGUGCAGCGUGCUGCUGCAGAUGAGCGACAUCAAGGGGCUUGUUGAGGCGGGCAAGUGGCCCGAGUGUCUGGAUGACCCCCCCCCCCCUUUACUUGACCUGGUUACUAAUCUUGGGGACGCCGUCACAGAGAAUCCGGGGCCUCGAGAUCCUGCCGCUCAACGCCAAGGGCGACCCGAGCGCGAUCCGCAACUACGCGUCCAAGUUCUCGAGCCUGUCGCAGCCGGUGGCGAUCAACGUGCCCAACCUGCUCAUGUGGACCGUCGUGUGCUGCACCAAGCAGCGGGAGCGGCUGGCGGCGGGCCGGUUCAGCGGCAACGAGUCGACGGCGCGCAUGCUGGCGGCCGAGCUCAAGCAGAUGAGCGUCGACCUGACGACGUACACGAGCCAGCUGCGGUACCGGUUCCCGCCGCACCUGCACGAGGCGCUGGCGAGGGCGUCGGCGGACUAGGAGGGAGGGUGGAGAGAGGUCUGGAGAGGUUUGGUGUUGUAUUGAGCUUUUUGUGCGUAUGGAUGGAUGGAUGGAUGGGUGGCCGAAUAUAG